AUGCCCCCAGUUACCACAACGUUUGCUGACGUUGUAAAAGAGCUAGCAAACGAAAUAAAGAUGACCGACAUGGCAACACCGUUAUCGUUUUCUGACCGGACCCAAAAUGACGGUAGACAUAAAAUUGAAUUUCAGCAUUAUUACAAGACGUGGUCCAUAAAAAUUCCAGCCGAGUUUCCUGAGAAACCUGCCGAGGUCUACAUAGAAAGGCUGUAUGGAGCUCCGGAGAAGAAGACAAUAAAUGAUUCGUCAAAGAGCAAACAUGAACAGAAAUCAUUAGUUUCAUCAGAUCUCAUCAUGUUAGCCAUCAGAAGUAACUGUAGCUGCUCGCCAUGCCAGAACAAUAGUUCGUGCAAACAACUUCAUAAUUAA